ACCUACGCCCAAGACCUAAACAUCCGCUCCCGCAGCCCGAAAACCUUCGCCCCGCGCCCGGAAGAAAGACAUAUCCCCAGCACCGACACCUCCGACCCCGCCUACCACCUGGGGAUCUUCCGCCAAAACCCUCGCACUAGCCGCAUCGGCGACCAAGAACGACCCUGGAAACUGACUAUCCCCGGCGAAUCUGACGAAGACAAACCCCCGGACAACGCCCUCGCCUGGCGCCAGCAGACCACCAAGGGCGUCCUCCAAUGCGGCAGCGACCGAUUACCCACAUACGAAGAGGAGACCAAAGACCCACCCCAGGAAAAUCUCCGCGACGAAAAACCCCCUCUCAGCGACAUUCCCGCUACUACUCGUCCCUCCAUGCCCCCUCUCUCCCAAUCCACGGGGAACAUCCACCCCACGCGCGGCGAAGGCCGUGUCCUCAACAACGACGCCCCAGUCGAGUUACCCGUCCAGACCGACGACGAUUCCAGCGAAGAGAUCCUGAUGUCGAGCACGGCGUAUCCAGGCCAGGAAUGGAAACCGGUUGGGUUCUCUGGGUGGGAGUAG